CAUUUUUAUUCAGUUUUAAAACACCAAUGGGUCGUACGUACAGUGCAGUGAGUGGCUGACAAAUUUUUAAAAGUUAUAUAAACUGCAAACGCAUGUUUGAGUGUGUGCGUAUGUGAAUUACCAAAAAAAAAAAAAUAAUAUUCAAAAUAAGCAGCAUUUUGUCGGCAAAUUGUCGAUGCAAUGCCCUCCUCAUGUGAAUUCGAAUUGAACAACCCAAUUGCCGUUUACUACAGCGGCGAAACUAUUACUGGAAACGUAGUUUUACAAACAACCUCUGAAAAAAAUAUUCGCAGCAUUCGCAUACGUUUCUUGGGCGAAGCAAAGGUUAGUUGGCAAGAGAGUGAGCGUCACAAAAACUCGGAUGGCGAAUACGAGACACGCACCGUCAACUUCCGGGGCAAUGAAGUGUAUAUUGACAAUUCCACUAUGGUUCGUGGGGCGGGAAAAUUGCCGCCCGGCACCUAUACUUUUCCCUUCAACAUAACUUUGCCUUUGAGUUGCCCAACUUCGUGCGAAGGCAAGUAUGGACAUAUACGAUAUGCUCUCUGGCUGAUUGUGGAAAGGCCACACGCAUUUGAUAACGAAUUCAAUAGGCCUUUGACAGUAUUGAGGACAGCAGAUCUCAAUUUGGAUCCAGAACACAAGCUCCCCAUACAAGUGGAAGAAAUGGAUUCUAUAGGAUGUUGGCCCUGUAAUUCGGGCAAUGUCUCCUACAUUGUUCGAGUGCCCUUUGGGGCCUAUGCACCUGGUCAAACGCUACGCUACUCCUUACUGAUACAAAAUCAGUCAAUGUCCGACAUAAGUGGCUACGAAGUCGAAUUUAAUGAAAACAUAACAUUUACCGCACAAUUGCCCAGACGCAAGACACGUGACACCAGCAGCACGCUGGCAAGCCAAGUACACGAAGACAAAUGCCUACGUCUUUCAAAUCGUGAAUUUCAUGGGGAGCUAGUUCUACCCUCACUGCCGCCCGAUACCGAGGAUGAUGGCAUUAUAGAUGUUAGCCACACGUUGGAGUUUGAAUUGGAAGUGGACGGAUGUCAUAGUAAUAAAAGCGUCUCAAUUCCAAUAUACAUUGGCACAGUGCCCAUAACAGAGAGUCUUGUUGCAGAGCAGACGGCAACUGUUCCACUGGGUACUCGUUAUGGAAAUAUAACACCCUCGGCUCCACUUUUACUGGAUAGCGAUGAGGAAUCAGAUAAGCCGCCAGCAUAUGCAGACUUCAAGCCACCCUCCUUUGAAGAAGCCAUACGAAGUCAAUCACCUUUCAAGGAUCCUGAUGCCAAUGAACACACUCCCGACAUUGGUUUUAUGCCUAUGUAUCCGGUAUAUCCGAAGCCAAAUGAAAGCCUUUAGUUACGAGCUAUGGGCAUGUUUUAAAACUCACUAGGAGUUUAACUCGAAUUGUAUGAAUGUGUGACAAAUACCCUCUUUCUACACAACUACCUCACCUUAAAAUGCCUUAAAGAUCAAAC